CCUAUCCUCUCAAUUCUCGUUCCCAAUCCCUCUAAAGGCCUAGGCCGAUUCUCUAUCUUUCUCUUCUCAAAACCCUAAUUCUGUUCUUAAUCCCUAAAUCCUCAAUUCUCGAUAGAACCCUAAUCACAGGUUCUAUCAUUUGGUAUCAGAGCCCUCAUGAGUCCUUCGAAACUCACUGAUCCAGCAUGGGCUCGUACGAAGCAACUGAUAGAGUUCACGUUAUCUGAACUCAAGCGUGAGGCUCAGGAACGCGGGUGGACAGCAGCAACAGCGGAAGAGGCGGCCGAUCCGUCCGCGGUGGUCCCCGUACCGUCGGGCCCGACGCGGCGCGCGAGAGGGACGGCGCCCGCGCUGGCGGCAGGAGCGGGCGAUGGGCGUGCGGGGGAGGAGGCUGGUGCUAGCGGCAGCGCCAGGGUGGCUGCGGGGUCGGCGGAGAUCGGUGCUGGCGGCGAGGCCGCGGAAGGCGAGGCGCGGCGGCCAACGACGGCGGGCGACCGCGGGGUCGUGGCUGCAGUGACGGCACGACAAGAGAAGGCGCAGCAGCCCGUGGCGGCGGACCGGCUGCGCGAGGCGCAGAGCGCGGCGGUGAAGGGCGUCGUGGUCGCGGGCUCGGCAAAGGAAGGGGGGUGCGACGGGUUGUCCUGGUUUGCGCUGAUCGAUGAGGAGAAGGCGGCCGCGGUCGUCGACGCGGGGGAGCUCUCGGCGACGGAAGCGGCAGACGUGGUGGCAGCGACGCGGGCGCGUCGCACGGAGGCGAAAAGGUGGCAGGAGCUAGCUUGUACCGGUAGCAGGAGCUUGCUUAUACAGAGGACGCAGCUUCAAGGUCAUAAAGAGUGGUUGGGUGAAGUUAAUUGCUCUGGGAGCCUUUUCCAUUCCAAAUUGGUCAAAUUGAUUGAUUAUUAUAUUGAAGAAGAACCAAAGUUUCAGGUGUAUGAGUUUAUGUCUUGGGGGAGCUUGCCUAUCCACCUCUUCAGGAGGUACUCGCUAGGGCUGGGCAUGCGGGCGGAUCAUCCGCGCGUUUGGGCCGACCCACCCGCAUUUGACCCGAAUUUCGUUAAGUGGGUGGGCGACGGAUUGUGCUGGGAGCCAUCCGCCGGGUGGUGGGUGGGUUGUGGGUGAGUGUGCUGGUGACCUGCUCAACCCAACAGCAAAAAUAUCAAAGUCGUUGGCGCCAGAGAGAGGAGAGUGGAGACGUUAGAUAUAAACUCGGACUGCUCCUGGAGUUUGAACCUCAAAGCCAACCUUCCAAAUAGAGAUCCCCCUCUUCUUCCCUCUACUUUCCUCUAAUUCUUGUGCCUAGAUCACCGCUCUUUUCUUUGUGGAAUUAUUUUCCUUAGUUCCUUGCACCUAAUAAUCGUCUCAAUCUGUAGAAAACUCUUUCAUAAUAGAAUUUCUAUCCAAUUUAAGAACUAAUUCGACAUUUUUCGCCCUAUUUCAAUUUCUUGUUUCCCUCGAUGAUUCUCUUCACCUAUUAUCAUGUCAAGUUGACUCCUUUAUAUUAUAUACAUUGUGAUGUGGUUGAACCCACAAACCCACCCGCAUCAUCCACCAUCCGCCCGACCCAACCCGAAACUAAAUGUGGGUGGGUGGUGGGUUAAAAAUUAUCAAUCCAUUUAAGCGCGGGUGAGUGCAUUUUAUGGUCAAAAUCCACCCGACCCACCCAAUGCCUACCCAUAGUACUCGCCACUUCUGUAGCCGAUCAGGAUGCCAAUUGCCCUUGGUGCCGUGGAAAGUCUAGUAUGCGUACUUGUACGCAAUUGGAAACGGAGGAAGGUCAUUUUUGUUGGAGCUGCUUGUGUUAAGAGUCGGGUUCGAGUGUUGGAACUCAAUUGGAAGAAAAGGAAGCGCAAGAAGUGGAGGAGACAAUGCGCGAUCUACACGGGAGAUAGGUUUAAGAAAUGGGUCGAGUCGGUCAACCUUGAGGACAAGGUUGGUUUGAAGGGGGAGGGGAUGAUAGAAACCCAAUUUCCGGGUUUAUUCAUAAUUAUCAUAAUUACUAUAAUUAGGAUAUUAUUAGAUAUGGUAGUAGUCAUUGAGUCAUAUUAGGAUAGUCAUAUUAGGAUAGUCUAUUAGGUUUUUCCAGUCUUUCGUUAUAAAUAUGUACUUUACGUUUUAUUAGAAUCAGUCAAGAAGAAUAUUAAGAAACCCUCUCCUAAACCCUAUCCUCCCAAUCCUCUCAAUUCUCGUUCCCAAUCCCUCUAAAGGCCUAGGCCGAUUCUCUAUCUUUCUCUUCUCAAAACCCUAAUUCUGUUCUUAAUCCCUAAAUCCCCAAUUCUCGAUAGAACCCUAAUCACAGGUUCUAUCACAGCCACAGAGCAUUGCAAUGUUUUGCUAACAAAUUAGUGAGGUAGGGCAGAAGAAGAAAGAUCUGUUUUGGACAGACUCCUGAACCUCAAUUGAUGAUAAUUGGAUGACAUCAUUUGGUUCAUGCCCUUGGUAUAGCAAUGAGAACGUCAUUUAGGUAGAUAAAGAACUACGACCGUGAUUUUUAUCUGACUUAAGGUCCACCUUAGUGCACCAGCAAUCUGUCUUGCUUUUGUUUCUUGGGUUUGCAGAUAUGAUGCGUUGUGAAGAAUCCUAAUACUUGCUAUAUGUUCCCUCCUCAGGUUGUAAUCUGUCUCUACACGCUAUCGGCAUUGGGACGAGUGGUUUCAGGGGUCACAGUUGCAUAUGCUGGUAAAAUCUACAUUAACGUUGCACUCCACAAGAACUUUCUGCUUAUGUUGCACCCUGUCCGUACUGCAAAACCAUUGUUAUUAUUAUCUCAAUAUAUAAACUAACGAUACCGACUUUCUUUUGGGUAACAGCAUUGUGCAUGUUCUGCCUCUUCAUGCUGGCUGACAACUCGGAAACAUGCAGCAGUUGUCUCUCUUGGUUGCUGGGCCGAAGCAACAGCACUUCUGCAGAAUCAGAUAGCUAACAAGCCAAGCUCAAAUCAGUUUUGUUAGGCCAAAGUAACAACUCGUCUGUGGAAUUCGAUAGCUAACGAGCUAAGCUCCAAUCAGUUCACGAGCCGCAAAUCUUGUGUCAGCGUUUCUCCAUGUAACUUACCUGAGGGGUUUGGUUGUUUUUCUCUAGAUAUGAUAUAAGACAGCUCAUUCAUUGUUAGAGCUUUGCAUGAAUUCCUCUGCUCAUCUCCAUUCAAUCAAAUGUGCAUAAAAUU